AUGGUCGGGGAUUUUAACGAGAUCCUAAACAAUGAAGAAAAGAUUGGUGGUCCUAGAAGAAGCGAUGCAUCUUUUCAACCCUUCUCAGAUAUGCUUCAUGCCUGCGGAAUGACUGAAUUGCCAAGUACAGGGAACAGCUAUACUUGGGGAGGGAGAAGACAAACAUUAUGGAUUCAAAGCAAGCUUGAUAGAGCGUUUGGAAAUUCUGAUUGGUUCAAAUAUUUUCCCUCUGCUAAUCAAGCCUUCCUUGCCAAAAGAGGAUCUGAUCAUAGACCUGUUCUGAUAAAGCUAACUGCAUCUCAAGAUUCUUAUAGAGGUUCUUUCAAGUUUGAUAGGCGAAUGCUUCAUAAACCUCUUGUACAAGAAGCUAUUCAUCAGGCUUGGAAUCAAAGACGUCAUGAUCAAGAUGCUUCUGUCUCAAUCCGUUUGAGUUUCUGCAGAAAGGCUCUCACUAUGGAUCCUUGCUCUACCCGUAUUAAUCUCAUCAGAUGUGAUCUCUUAAAAGCUUAUAGAGAUGAGGAAAACUACUGGAAACAGAAAAGUAAGGAUGAUUGGAUCAUUCAUGGGGAUGGUAAUACAAAGGUUUUCCAUGCUGCGGUUAAAGCUGCGAGAGCAAAAAAUGAAGUGGUUAAGUUAAUUGAUCUUAAUGGAGUUGCACAUCGUUCUGAAGCCUCUAAAGCUCAAGUGGCUAUUAACUACUUCCAGGACCUUUUCAAAUCUUCUAACUCUGAAGACUAUUCUGAAAUUCUCAGAGGUUUCCCAUCUAAGAUAUCAGAAAGGAUGAAUCACUGUCUAAUUAAAAAGGUCACACCAGAAGAAGUGAAGAAUGCUGUGUUUUCUAUUAAAGCUGGAAGUGCACCAGGAGUUGAUGGAAUGACUUGUUUUUUCUUCCAGAAUUAUUGGAGCAUAGUAGGAGAUCAACUAACAAAAGAAGUCAUCCAUUUCUUUGAUUCAGGCAUCAUGCCAGCUGAAUGGAACUAUACUCAACUCUGUCUCAUCCCUAAGAAACCAAAUGCUACCCUGAUGACAGACUUGAGGCCAAUCAGCUUGUGCACAGUGAUGUACAAGACGAUUUCGAAAAUUUUGGCUUCUAGACUUCAGAGCAUUCUCCUUGAUAUUGUUUCUUCUAAUCAGUCAGCCUUUGUCUCCAGUCGUCUUAUUUCAGACAACAUCAUCCUAGCUCACGAAGCAGUUCACAGUCUAAACACAAAGGAGGUGAUCUCUGAAAAUUUCAUGGCAGCAAAAACUGAUAUGUCAAAAGCCUUUGAUAGAGUGGAGUGGAACUACCUUCAGGCUCUUCUCAACUCAUUAGGUUUUCACAGAACUUGGGUCAAUUGGAUAAUGGCUUGCGUUUCCACAGUUAAGUACUCGGUCCUCAUCAACGGCCAAUCCCAUGGUUAUAUCUCCCCUGAACGUGCUCUGCGACAAGGUGAUCUCUUAUCUCCCUUUCUCUUUGUUCUCUGUGCGGAAGGACUCUCCUAUCUUCUUAAUCAAAAAGCUUCAGAAGGUUUGAUUAAUGGGAUACAAUUCUCCCCAAAUGGUCCAGCAGUUCAUCAUCUGUUUUUUGCAGACGACAGUCUGUUUCUUUUUAGAGCUGAUAUGCUUCAGUGUCAGGUCUUUAAAGAGGUUCUACAGAAAUAUGCUGAAGCUACUGGUCAAGUAAUCAAUCUGAACAAAUCAUCCUUGACUUUUGGGAAGAAGGUAGAUCAAGAUCUGAAGCUGAGUAUUCAGAACUCGCUUGGGAUCUUUGCAGAAGGAGGUGCAGGCACCUAUCUUGGUCUUCCUGAAUGCUUCAGUGGAUCUAAAGUAAAGAUGCUGGCUUACAUUCAAGAGAAGAUGAAAGGGAGAAUGUCUGGAUGGUACACAAGGUUCCUUUCUCAAGCUGGAAAAGAAGUGAUAUUAAAAUCAGUGGCCAUGGCUAUGCCUAUUUAUGCUAUGAGUUGUUUUAAACUGCCCAAAACAACUUGUAAUAAUUUAACUUCCGCUAUGGCGGCUUUUAGGUGGAGAUCUACUGAAGACAAAGGGAAGAUCCAUUGGCUAAGUUGGGAUAAACUUUGUGUCCCUAAGCGCCUUGGAGGGAUGGGAUUUAAAGAUAUUGAAACCUUCAAUCAAGCCUUGUUAGCCAAUCAAGCUUGGAGGAUUCUCCAUGAACAGUCUUCUCUGUUUGGAACCUUCUUGAAGAGCAGAUACUUCCCCAAUGGUGAUUUUCUCUCAGCUAAGCUUGGUAAAAGACCUUCAUACGCUUGGCGAAGUAUCCUCCAUGGUAGAGAUCUUUUGAUCAAAGGUCUAAGACAUAUGGUUGGUAAUGGUGAAUCUAUUCACGUGUGGUCCACUCCUUGGCUUGCAGAUGGUGAUAGAAUGCGCAUGCCCUUAAUGAAGAAUAGCUUGGUUGAUCUGAAUCUCAAAGUAAAAGAUCUUUUGAUUCCAAACUCUCAUCUGUGGAAUAUACCUAAGUUAAAUGAUCUCUUUUACCCACAAGACAUUGCUAUCAUUUCCAAGAUCAAACCGGUGAUCAAUUCAGAAGAUUUUUAUUGCUGGAACCACACAAGAUCAGGAGAAUAUUCGGUCCGUUCAGGUUAUUGGUUUGCAGAAAAAAGUGCCAACAAGGAAGCGUAUGCUACAGCAACAGUACUUCCUUCUCUCAAUGGUAUCAAAGAUUACAUAUGGUCGCUGGACACAGCUCCGAAGAUUAAAAUGUUUCUGUGGAAAGCGGUUAGUGGAGCUCUUCCGGUGACUGAUAACCUUUUGAGUAGAGGUUGCGUAACCAAAGCUCCAGAUUUCCUUGAGAAAGUAUAUGAAGAAGCAAAUCACUGGUUCCUGAUCAAGACAAUUGAAAAAGAGGAAAAAGCCAUUGACCUCGAUCGGAAGAAGAAAAUAAUGUUUGGUUGGAAACCUCCGCCUUCGGGUUGGAUCAAAUGCGAUAUUGGUUCUGCUUGGAGCAGUUCCAAAAAUGAAAGUGGAGCUUCAUGGGUUCUUAGAGACAGCGAUGGAAAUGUUUUGUUACAUGGUAGAAGAUCCUUCUCAGCUAUUUACAGUCGUAUGGAUGCUUCUAUGGAAAGUUGGUUAUGGGCAAUCGAUAGUCUCAAAAACCUUCACUUCGGUUCAAUUAUUUUUGCAAGUGAUGAUAAAGAUCUAGUUGCGGCAGUUACUAAACCAUCUGCUUGGCCAUCACUCAAGUUCUACUCUCAAAAUAUCUGCAUUCAGCUUCAUAAUUUUUUGUUCUGGCGUGUUCAAUCUUUGAAGCGCUCAGAUAUCAGAGGAGCUUCUCUGAUUGCUGAUAGUGUCAUCAAAGAGGAUCGCUAUCAAUCUUACAUUGCUGCUGGAUAUCCUGGUUGGUUAAGACAUCUCUUUGUUUGA